UUUAUUCAAAUAGCCGAAAAUCACGAAAUAAACGCUUAUUGUUAAAUAUCAGAAAUAUAUACUGCAUGUCUACAUUUGGUGUACGGUGUAGGUUUUUUUGAAACGUUCAAAUAAUCGUAUAUAUCCAUUGAAUAGAUGGCUAUUAUCCCUUUGUUAUCAAUACGACCUUGUACUAUACCAGCUGCCGUUGUCAACAGCGUUCAGUGUGUCACAGUUACUUGUACACGUUCUAUGCGUUUGCCCCCUUCGUGUUUUUUUCAGCAUUUUUCUGUGUUUUUAAUUUUUAAACAUUUUUUUUUCUCUCUCUCGUAAUUACCUACCAAUAUGUUUAAAUGCGUGCAGUGUCCGUUGGUUUUUGGACGAAAAGACAGUUUGGUUAGACAUGAAAUAACUCAUACCGGUAUACGUUUUCCGUGUACCGUAUGUACAUCGACAUUCAACUAUAAAUCGUGUGUCAAUAGACAUCUGAAAAAUAUUCAUGGUAUUGUCAACAUUCGAACCCAUUUGAGACCGAUACCAGCUACACCCAUCAUCACUCAACCUGCUCCAGCUCAACAGGUCCAGAUUGCGCCGCAAAUAUUUGUCCCCGAUGUCCCGGCCGGUGGAUCGAAUGCGAUAUCCGACGACGACGAUAUAUUGUGUAUGGAAGCAAUGGACGACUUUGAGGAUAACGAUAUAUUGUGUAUGAAAGCAAUGGACGCAUUUGAGGAUACAGAUUCUUACACCGUUGCCGUCAACGGGAAACGUGUUUCGACCGCCAAUACCACCUCAGCUGCUAACGCUAAAAAAAUUAGAUUGAAUCUCGUCAAGUCACCCGGGUUUGUUGAGAUUUUGUCGUCCGCAAACCGUAAAAUAGUUUGGUAUUAUGCUAAAAAUAUUACUAAUACAAUGAUUUAUUCUGACUUUCUCCGCCCGCUUAUGCCUGAGCUAGUCAAUUUAUUGAAAACCCACGUGAAAAAGCAUGCGAUUAAAUUCAAUUUGAAACUCGAGGCAACAUACAACCGGCCCAACGUACCAAACUCGUCAGAGAACCGGGCAUUCAAGACUUCGGCGGUAGAACUUUAUCCGCAUAGUGACAUUAGAACGAUUGUAGAGAGGGCGUAUAUAAAGUUGAUGAAGGAGAAAGAUGACUACAGUGGGAGGGGGAGUGGGUUUUCUCUAGAGUCGAUAGACGGCUUGUUGUUGGCGGUAUAUAAAUAUACACCGUUGGGUGGCUCGUCGUAUAUCGAGUUGCCAACGUAUAUCGACAGAAAACGGGGUACAAUAAAUCCACAAAACACAGACCAGGAAUGUUUUAAGUGGGCAAUUUUGGCGAGACAUGCGGCAAAUAAUGUAUCCGAUAAAUAUAAAUAUUGUGUAGGAGAAAAUUAUAGAAAGCACGAGGACAAUAUAUUUCGAAGGUAUCACGUCCCCCACACCACUGUCCGAUAUUAAUAAAUUCGAAA